AUCGCGGGCCCCGAGGUUACGGAAGCCGCUCGCCGAGACGACUCCUAACCUCUGCCUCUUCUCCUCUGGCCGUUCCGGUGAUUUCCCUUUUUCUUCCACCCUUCUACCCUUCUACCCUUCUUCUCUCCGUCGAAGCAUUCACACUUUGGGGCGUUAUCGGUGCAGCCGGUUAUCGACGGAAAGAUUCCCGGGAACGAUAUAUCGAAAUGCCGAUACGUCGCCGAGAUAUCGAGUGUUGAUCAUUUCUUAAGUCCUCGAACAUCGAACAUGCAAUCUCGGGCGGAGGUUUAAGCGGGAUCGCGGAAUCGCGCGGCCGGAUUCGAAACAAGUCUUUGGUUACCCAACGUAUGUAAAGCGUAAUGUCAAUUGCAAAUCACAUGACCACCGGUCGAGCAGGUUUGCCAACUUGUACAGGAAAAGGUGUUCCCCUCCUUUAAAAACACCCACGUCUCGCGUGCUCGGCGGAAUUGCAUAAAACAAUCAGGCGGUCGACAACGAUGCCUGAUCAGGAGUUUAAACACGAUCUAGCGAAACGACCGUACCGUUGAAAGAAAUAGAAUAAGUUUCGCGCCAUAUACUACUACAUGCCAAGAAAGAAACUACGGGGAACAAUCGACUGAUAUCUACUUUUGAGUCGACAUUGAUAAUAAAGAGCGGUCAAAUCAAUUUACCGGAGAAGAAUAAUUGCCAUUUCCAUUCGAAUAGAAAGAAUAGAAAGUUUCAUAAAUGUAUCACCUUAAAUCCCCAUACUUAUAUCUUUUCUUAAAAAGAAAGGAGCCACUCGGAGGAGUGGACAAAGGAGUGGAAGAAUCGCAGCCGUGACGUAAAAAUGGACGGGGGAGGAUCCGGAUUGGUCACCGAUAACGGCGACCGCUGGACGCGGGCCAGGGAAACGAUCGAUUAACCGCGCCACCCAGCUGAUAAGGGCGUGACGAAACGAGUCAUGUGCCUUUGGCCACGUGAGGCCGUAAUCGGGUCUCUUCCGGUGACGCGUACGUAUCGCCGAGUACGCACGUUCGUUGCAUGCACACGGUCGUUGCGGAAUGGAUGCCUGACAAGGGGCCAAAAAAUUCAUUUCUAGUCAAGGGGCCAUUCCGACUUGCAUCACUCGCCGGUGAAAAGUUCCCGAUGAUGGAUUUCACCCACAAGCGCGUCCACCAGAUCCUGACGUCCAUCUUGGAGCCACUGGAGAUCUUCGAGGCGGACGAAGAUCAUCUCGACGAAGGGGUCUCUUAAGAAGCCAUCCCGACAUUUUUUCCUUUCCUGAACCGAACGGAGUUGAAAAAGCUCCGCACAGCCCCGUAAAGAUCGGACCGCUCGAAAGGAGGCGCCGCCUCAAUCGACGUGGCAAUGAUCGACGAAGAAGUCGUUACGAAGACCGACAAUUGUGUCCGGGCUUAAAUCAGGGCCUACAAGUAUACGGAAGUAAUGGCGUCGACUAAUGGGCCGAGAUUUGGUGCUAAUUUAGAAUAAAUCGAAGGUGUCAAGAUGAAGCGUUCGAGGAUCUUGCGAUCCAAGUCGGAAAUCGAUUUCAGUCGGAAAGUGAACGUGAUCGAUGAGUUAUUAGGCCUGGACGUGAAUCACCUGAGAACUUCUAGGACCAUGACCUUCGGCCGGGAAGGCGAGGGAAGCAAGACGUUAAUUGGUCAUUCCCAAGAAGACGACGACGACGACGACGACGACCGCGGCGACGACCGCGGCGACAAGGUGUUUUGGCCCAAUUGCGAUUCGACAAUAUGGAUGAGGUCGUGCGAACGGGAGGUCAUCGAUCCGAUCAAGGGCAAGGUCACCGGCGCGAUACCAAAGUGGCUCCGGGGAAUUCUGCUUAGAAACGGACCCGGCAGUCUUAAAGUUGGCGAAUACAGGUUCCAGCAUUUAUUCGAUAGUUCUGCUUUGUUGCACAGGUUCGAGAUUGCAGAUGGCGGAGUGACCUAUCAAAAUCGUUUCGUCGAGACCGACGUUUUUCGAAAAAAUCACGAAGCUAAGAGAAUCGUUGUGACGGAUUUCGGAACGAAAGCCGUUCCAGAUCCCUGCAGAAGUAUUUUCCAGAGGGUCGCCUCGGCUUUCAGUCUCGUGAACGACACUUCUGAUAAUUCGAUGAUAUCGGUUUAUCCUUUCGGCGACGAAUUUUACACCUUCACGGAGUCGCCAGUUAUACAUCGAAUAGACCCGAAAACAUUGGAAACGAAGAAGAAGGUGAUCCUUUCGGAUUAUGUAAAUAUUGUUAAUCAUACAUCCCAUCCACAUGUUCUGAGCGACGGCACGGUCUACAAUGUAGGAAUGAGGAUAACUCCUAGAGGGCCGGCUUACAGUGUCGUGUGUUUUGCUCCAAAUCGUCUCGCGAUCGAUCACCCCGGAGAAGCUAAAGAGCUUUCUAUGUUCGACCAGGCUACUAUAGUAGCUUCUGUACCCGCCAGACGAGUUUUGAAUCCAUCGUACAUGCAUACUUUUGGAAUUACCGAUAAUUACUUCGUCAUCAUUGAACAGCCCCUGUCAGUGGCACUCGUUAGAUUGGUAUCCUGCAAAAUCAGGGACGAACCCAUGUACAGCUGUCUGAAGUGGUCCGAAGAGGAUAAAACUUUGAUUCACGUCGUAUCCAAAAACACUGGCCGGGUAGAAAAGACUUUCCGGACGGAAGCCUUCUUCUUCUUACACAUAAUUAAUCAAUUUGAGACCAGAGAUCGAGACCACAUUGUUUUGGACAUUUGCUGUUACAGAGAUGCAAAGAUGCUCGACUGCAUGUACAUCGACGCUAUGAAGAAUAUGCACAGCAAUCCCGAUUAUUCGAAAAUGUUCCGAGGAAGGCCGCUGCGUUUCAUAUUGCCCAUGAAAACUCCCAACCCGGAAGUGAGCCCCGAGGAAAACUUGAUAGGAGUGAAAACGGGGCACCGAAGUUACCACGAUACGAAAAUGGACCCGAAGGUCGACCAGGUUCUAGACCCUUUCGAGGAAAAUGAGACCGAGGCAGAGCCAAGCGAUGUCUUGAAGAGGGAGCCUUCCGCUCAUAGGCUCGAAAGUGGCGAGACUUUCGUCAAACCAGAACUGCUCUGUGAUUUGGGCUGUGAAACUCCCAGAAUUAAUUACGAGCUUUAUUUGGGACGGGAGUAUCGAUACUUUUACGCGAUUUCGAGCGACGUCGACGGCGAAAAUCCCGGAUCGAUCAUUAAAGUCGACACGAUGACGAAGACCAGAAAGGUUUGGUUUGAGAAAAAUAUUUUCCCGAGUGAACCGAUUUUUGUGCCCGACCCCCACGGCAAGAGCGAGGACGACGGGAUUGUGGUAAGUUCAUUAGUUUGGGGCCAGGAACGCGAAAACGAAGUCGGACUUUUGAUUUUGAACGCCCAGAAUUUGCAAGAAAUGGCGCGAGCCACGUUCAGUACACCAGGACCCGUGCCGAAGUGUUUACACGGGUGGUUUAGUUUAAACAAGUAAUUUUACAUAAGUAUCUGUAAGGCGAUAUGCUUGUAAAUCCGUUGAGAGAUGCCCCAGCCCGUUAGAAAUACUGCAGAAAUACUGCAGAAAUACUACCAUAAUUACUUUAACCUCUAGAGACAGGAAAGAUAACAAAGCCAUUCUCGGGAAUACAAAAUAUCUAAAUACAUGCGCUGUAAUUAAUGUAUAUUAGAAUUAAUGCAAUCCACGUUGCAUAAAUUAUAGCGACUAACUCUGACGCGUGCGCACAAUUGCGGAGAAAUAAUAAUAAUAAUCACAUAAAAUCACGUCAAGUACAAUAAGUUAUUUUAAUGACUUUUGCCCGAGGAUGGUACAGUAUUUACACAGACGGGACUAAAUGUCAGGGAAAACAAAUCCACAACAAUAACAACGUAGGGUCGCCGUAAUUCUCCUCGCCCGGGACAAUUGACCUCUUAAUUAAUUGCGAGGUGAGGUGAUAUUCACACGCAAUUGGCGUCUACGGAGCUCUAAAUCUUUUUCGCGUCAGUCUGAUGGAAUGUAAAAUGGCUGUAAAUGGCCCGGGGCACGCUCGAAAAUCUCUAGAUUCGUAUUUCAUCUUUUUCAAAGUCCUCUACUUCUUUCUUCUUUUCAUCGAGGUCGACAUUUGCGCAAACGAGUUCCCAUGAAUUCGUAUAUGGCUUUUUCAAGAAGCGGCCAUUUUGGAGAGCUCCAAGUGUUGAACUCAACGAAAGAUAUCCUCCCCGUUCUCGAGUAUCGCUUAUCAUCUGCUCGAAAGAAUAUGUUUUUCGGCACUUUGCUGAAAUUAUUCAUGUUUGUAUUUAUUUUUAUUACUAACUAGUUUCGCAGAUCGCGGCCCCUACGUCAAGGAAACUUGUGAAUACGAAGAGUCUCUCGCGGAGGCUCGGUCAGCGAAUUACAAAGCUGGAAAAUUGCCUAACAAAAAGGAAAGAUUAAUCGCUGCCGGUCAUUGAAAUUAGUAUUUUCUUAAUCUUGUAAUCACUAUCGAUAGAAAAUGUCAAUCGUUGAUAAGGUAGUCGUUUUCAGCCAACGGAUUAGCCAUGUAAGCAGGAAAUAAAAAUAUCCUUUUUAUACCAAUCUA